UACGCAAUAAUAUCAACAACCAACAGCCAUCAGCCUCCACAUCUGACUUCCAACCCAAAGUAUCGACUGCUUCCUAUCUCUCUCUGACUCGAUACACCACCGCCUUACACCAUGUCUCACGCGCGAGUCGAAGAAGUCUCCGACUCUGACCCGGACGACAUGGACCCGUCGGAUUUCGACCCAGCCAAAGACUCAAUCAUAUACCACAAGGACAUGGAGGGCCCCUCUGCCAGCAGAAGUAAUAGUAGCAGUACAAUGCCUCUUCGUCCUCCAGCUCGCCUAGCCGCCGCCUCCUCGUCCCCGUCUCCGCCUCUCUUCCCUGGCCCGCAGCAGCAGAUGCGCCGUCCCACCAUCGCUCAGGGCCGUGACAUCCCACGCUCAUACCAGUGUCUAUACGCCGUCUACUUUGACAAAUCGCGAACUCGCGCAGAGGGUAGGAGGGUCAGUCGGAAGCUAGCCGUGGAGAGUCCGUUGGCAAAGGACAUCCUGGACGCCACGCAGCUGCUUGGGCUGAGCGUUGGGUUCGAGCCUGAUAAACUGCACCCCAAGGACUGGUCGAAUCCCGGGCGUGUGCGUGUCAUGUUGAAAGAUGAGGAUGGACGACCGGCGCAUUCCAGUAUAAAAAACAAACAUCAUUUAUAUACUCAUGUUGCGCAGUAUCUACAGUCGCACCCAACUACAGAACAGUCUCCCUUCAGACUGAGGUUACAGGGCAUGCCUGUGCCAGAAAAACCACCAGGGCCGCCCGCCACCCCGCGAGGAUGGAAAAUCAGCAAAGUCUUACCAUUGCAUUCCCCUGCUUUGACCGGCGGCGGAGUAAGCGAUAACUCAUUCAAGGAGGCUAUGAAGGAGAUGCAAGCACAACAAGGUCUUCCGGGAAUGCCUGGAAUGCCGAAUAUGGCUGGUAUGCCCGGAAUGUCAGGACCAGGCAACGCACCAUCAGAGCCCAAGAAGAAGAAGGACAAAAAGAAGGGAAAGGCAUAGAUUUGGUUAAACAAUAAAUUAGUAUUAUUCAACACACGCUCUGGCCUAAAAUGAGCAGCCAUUGCAGAAGGAUUACCGGACAUCCUCUUCCUACCAGCUAACGGCUUUGCAUGGCUGAUUAAGAGCCAACGUAACUAACUGCUUAGCGAGCACGCUAGCUGUACCUGAGACGCGUCGCUGCCGUAGAUUACUCCGUCAUCGGCCUAUAAAACGAGCGUGACCCGUCACAUCGGCCGCGCUGUCAGCUGUAA